UGCCACAUGGGUACACGCCGCCUAUUGUUACAAACAUGGUAUAUGUUUUUGAAUCAAUUGUGUCCCCCAAAAAGAUGGUGAAGACUUAACCCUCAGUGCCCACGAGUGUGACCUUAUUUGGAAACAGUCUUGGUAGAUAAUUACAUUAAGAUGAGGUCAUUAAGUUGGGCCCACAAGCAGUAAGCCUGGUGUCUUUACAAAAAGGGGAGAUCUGAACACAGACAGACACAUGGGAGAAUGCCAUGUGAACAUGAAGGCAGAGAUGAGGCAACGCUCCUACAAGCCAAGGAACGCUGAGGGUGCCAGACGCAAGGAGAGCAGCCUGGAGCAGACCCUCCCUCAUAGCCCCCGGAAGAAAUGGACCCUGCUGACAUGUCGAUCUCGGAUUUCUAGCCUGGGUCUCGGUUCUUUAGGGAUCUCCACAUGCAGGAACGAUGUACACGGAUACCACACAAGGAGCAAACUUCUCAAACUUAACAGCCACCAGCCUAGCACACAGAGCAUCUACCCCAGACAGCAAAUGAUGCACCAUUCUCCUGAGAUGAGCCGUCCUCACUCCCAGACAAACGCGGCCUGGCCCGAGGGAAGCGCGAAGGUGCAGAACCUGCUGCCUCAGGUCCCACUAAGGAAAAAGAAGCUUCUGAGAAGAGGAAGGCACGCUGAGGAAGCAGGGGAGUUGUCACACAGAUGCAGGGUCACUAAGGCCUUAAGAACAGAGUCAAAGAGGGCAGAGGAAACGUUUUUCCUCUUCAACGUCGCCAUGGGAAAAUAUGAGAGAAAUCAUGAAAAGAUGGAAAUUUGGACACAGACAAAUGUGAAAGGGAGAAAGCCACGGGUGGAUGGAGGCAGAGACUGGAGUGAUGCAUCCACAGGCCAAGGGCACCAGGGAAGGCCAGUUGCCACUGCAAGCUGGACGAGGCUAAAAAGAAGCCCCCUUCGCACCUUGGAGUGACUGUGGAUUUGUCGACACUUUGAUCUCAAACUUCCGGCCUCCAGAACGGUGAGAGAACAGAUGUCCACUGUUUUAGGCCACCUAGGUUGUGGUGAUUUGUUAGAGUAACCCUAGGAAACUCACACAGCAAGGUAAUUCAGAAGAAAACUAAAGCACAGGGACUCCGGGCAUACCACAGGUUUUUUGGAGAUGAUAUAAAUACAAUAAGCUGACUCCCCAGUUUUCUCCUAGGGUACCAGCAUCCUGGCUACCACGAGAAUUCACACACAGGGGUCGAGGUGAGAAGGAAAACACCUCAGCAGUGGAUGCCACAGAGGACCACGGUGAACGCCGCAAUUUCUGAAUGCCUGUGGGGUGCCAGACCUAUGCCAGGCACAUGUGCUACCUUGCUUAAUCUUCUCAGCCACCCUGUGAGGCAGGUCCUGUUCACAGAAUUGUACUGAUUAAGACACCAGGGUUAAAAUAGAUGAAAUGAUUUGCUCACGUUAAUAGAGCCAGAAAAGGGAAGGGCCUAUUUCACAACCCAGUCUGUCUGACUUCGAAACCUCCGUCUCUCCUCUGUAAAGCCUGCAUACGUAGCACGUACUUUUACAAAAGGAAAAUAGAGCUUUGCAGGUUUUCCUUCCCUUAGAUGUAGAACUGCUGGAGGGAGGGGAGAGAGAAUGGCAAUGAUUAGAGGCUCUGGUAACACGUGCCCUGGGCAAUCUGGUAAAAUCUACAGACCUCAGAAUGACACGUUCACAUGCAUAAAAGAAAAUGAGAGAGGAUUGUAAAGUAAGACGAUUUAAAAGAGCUGUAAUGUAGUAACAUAUGUCAUGUAUGAAUUAAGAGGAUGGGUGUGAGGUACUGAUUCUGAAGUAUUGAUGAGUGAUGUCAAUAUACUUCAAGACAUGAGAAAAACCUGUUUUAUAAUGUGAGAAAGGUCUGUAAUCAGACAAUAUCACAACUAUCUAAAAUUCCUGGGUUAGAUGACAACACUUAAGAGUAUCUAGGGCAUCAGUCUCGUGCUCCAAUUCUUAAAAAAUGAAAAUUUAGGCCUUACAACUUAUAAAGUCAAAAAAGUAGCAUCUCACUAUCCCAGAACUAUAUCUCAUUACCCAAUGUCCCUUAAAUGAAAAUUAAUGUGUCAUAACCAAAAAUACCCUGCACAGGCCUGUUUUUAUGUGUUGCAACGAUCUGUCCCAGGAUUUUAAGUGGGUAAGGGGAACGCAUAGGAUCCCAGAUGAAUUGCCAUAUUUUGAGGAGUUGAAAGCAGGAACAAGGAAAUAUUUACAUAUGCAGUAAGUGAUAAGUUUGAGCCAUAAUUACAUUUUUUUCUUGUGGGAGGGGGUGGUAUUUUUAACACCAAAGGAAUAACAUGUUACAUUCACUUAGAAAUCAGAUUUUCAAACUGCUUUCCCAUCUAACUAUAAUUAUAUUUUCCAAGAAGCAAAGAAGACAUAAUUACCCCCAUUUUAAGAUGAGAAGACAAUGGAUUUACUGAAAGAUAAGAGCAAGCGAGACAGUUCAGGAACUUCCAUUUCAUCUUUGGAAGGCUAGCACUAGACAUGACCCCACCAUUAACAGCAGCAGGUAAGAAAGAUGACAAAUGGCUUUAUGGGUUGUAGCAAAAACCCUUAGCAGCAACUGAUGCUGCUCCCCAAAAGCCUUCAUGAGCUUAUCACACACGCAGUCUGCACUGCUGGCUUCUGCCCUGUGUAUUUCUCUGGGCUAUUUCUCCAUUCAUCCAUGUGUGUGUAGACACAGUCACACGCAUGCAUCUGGCUAGGACUCUUCUGUGUUGGUUCCUCCCACAGUCCUGACCUUCACUUCUUUCCGAUGUUCUUUCUCUCUCCUUGCCUAGGCCCUCUUCCCCUGUUGUGUAUGCAACGAAGAGUCGAUUUUGUUUCACGGAGUAAAUCAUAUUAGGUUUUCUAUCCUUAAUUUUUGUA